GAAAAUCAUGCUUAAUUAGUUGCUGUAAAAGUAAUAUAAUUACAAAAAGUAUCCCAGGAGGGUAAUUUUAUAAAACUCUUAAAGCGAGAAAUAGAAAUAUUAUAAAAAAUUGAUCACCCAAACAUAGUAAAAUUAAUAUAUGCUACCCGGACUACUAGUAAUCUAUAUAUGUUCUUAGAAUAUUGUGCUGAUGGAGAUUUAAAAUCACAUUUAGAAAAACGAGGAGGUAAACUUCCUGAAUCAGAAGCAGUCUAAUAUUUUAGAUAGAUAUGUGAAGGUUUUAAAGAAUUAUAUAAAAAUAAUAUUAUACAUAGAGAUAUUAAGCCUGCUAAUAUUCUCUUACAUAAAGGAGUGGCCCAUAUUACUGAUUUUGGGUUUGCUAGAUGCUUAGAUUCUACAGGAAUGAAUUCUUAGUUAAAAUUGACUUAUUUAGGAACACCAUUAUAUAUGUCUCCAUAGAUUUUGGCAGAGGAAAAUUUUUCGUCUAAAUGUGAUAUUUGGUCCUUAGGGAUGAUGUUUUAUGAAUUACUGUAUGGAAGAACACCUUGGACUGGGAAAACACCGUCGGAAUUACUUGAAAAUAUAAAAAAAAAACAACUUGAAUUUGCAGAAAAUCCAGCAAGGUCGGAUAUAGUAAAAGAUAUGUUGAGAAAAAUGCUUGUAAUAAGUGAUUAGGAAAGAAUUAAUUGGGAAGAGUUGUUUUAACAUAAAAUAAUUAAGUUUGAUAAUGAAGAAGUGAAAAGAAAUCUAGCAGAAAUAGAUAAUAAUGAAGGAGAUUUAUUAUUUAAGAGUGUUGCGAGAAACGAAUAUUAUGUUAAUUAAACAAGAGUAAUUGGUGUUAAUAAAAAAGCUGGAGUAAAAGCCUUUUCAAAUAAUUAUGAAGAAUAAAAAUAAUAAAAUAAUAAAUAAGAAGAACAAUAAGCUGACAUGUAAGUUAACAGAUCUGAAAAGCUUAAUAUUGGUGAGGUGUCUCUUAUUGGAUUCUAACAUUUAUUAGAUAUAAUGACUGAUAAAAUACUUUAGUAAGAUUUUACUUAAGAAUAGUGGAUAAUAUAUAAAGAAUCUAAAGAUUAUUAAGAAACAUUAAAAAUACUAAUAUAUAUAUAUAUUUUUAUGGCCGUUAUUUUAGAAACAUCAAUAGGAGAUUUAACAAUAGAUUUGUAUACAGAAGAUGCACCAUUAGCAAGUAAAAAUUUCAUAAAACUAUGCAAAAGAAAGCAUUAUAAUAAUGCUUUAUUUUACGAUAUAUAAAAGAACUAUUUAACGUAAAUAAAAACGAAAAAUCCUACCACUAUAUAUGGGUAAGAUACGUGUUUUAAAGAUGAAAUUAGCCCUAAUUUAAAACAUGAUCGAAUCGGCGUAGUUUCUACAAGCAACCAAUUUAAAAAUUAAAAUAAUUCUGAAUUUUUUAUAACCUUAAGUGAGCAAAAGCUAAAGCAUUUAGACGGAAAACAUAGUAUUUUCGGAUAAAUUUCCGAAGGAUUUGAAAUCUUAUAAAAAUUUAAUUAAAAUAUAAUAGUAGAUGAAUGAUCCUUUUUUAAAUGAAAAUAAUUAAGAUGAAGAAUUUUUGUAGUCUUCACCAGGAAUAAUAAUGAAAAGUGAGAAUAAUAGGUUGGAAUAUCACCAGAAAGAUGAAAUGAUGAAAAAAUUGAAUAAAAGUGAAGAAGAAAUAAUCGAAGAAGCGAAAUAAUAAAUCGCAAAAGUUAGAGAAAUUAAGCUUUAAAUGCUUGGAGAUAUCCCAGAUGCAGAUAUGAAACCGCCAGAUAAUAUUCUUUUUAUAUGCCAGUUAAAUUAGGUGACUUAGGAGAGAGAUUUAGAGUUGAUUUUCUCUAGGUUUGGGGCAAUUAAAAGCUGCGAAAUCGUGCGAGAUUGGAAAACUGGGGAGAGCUUGUAGUAUGGCUUCAUUGAAUUUGAAACUGAGAAGGCAUGUUAGGAAGCGUUUUUUAAAAUGAAGGGAGCACUGGUAGAUGAGAGGAGAAUUCAUGUCGAUUUCUGCUAGAGUUUGUAGAAAUUCAAGAUGUAAAAAAUAGGAAAAAGGGGAGUAAAAGGUGAAGGAAUGUUAAUUGGAGGAUUAGCAGAUUAAUUAGAGCUUAAAAAGUAAUUUUAAAAGAAGGAUAUAGAGAAGAAUUAUUAAAUGGUCUUUGAUGAAGAUAAUAAAUGGAAGAAAAAUUAAAAUUCGGAAAAUUU